UGUUGCACAUGUUCUUGUUGUGAACCUGUUGUCAUGGAAACUUUUCCGCAGGGUUGCCUUUUAAAAAUGAAUGGGUUCGGGUUCGUACAUAAUUUCAGGUUGGCCUUGCAUUCGCUUUCAAAGCAUCUGAAGCACAGCAACAACAACAAGACAAACGGCUGAGAAAAGAUCGAUUAAUUGGCCUAUAGCACCGUAAAUACACUCACAUACACAUCGACAGGAAUACACAUAUAAACGUUUAAAUUUGAGCAAGUUGAGGGCAGUUAUAAUUGAUUGUUUGCCUCGGUCUUGCGAUAUUGUAUUUUCCCUCCAUUAAAUUGUUAAAGUUUUCUAGCUUCGUAUGCCGCAUAAUGGUGAAGCGCUACAAACCAACACUGCCAUCCCUGGCCGGCUCUAAUAACAGUGAGAAUUGCAGCUAUGACAGGGAUCAGGUGUACUGUGUUGUACUCCACGUGGUAGAAGGCAUCAACUUCUAUGCACGUGGACGCGAUGGGGAAACCUCUCCGACGCUGCGCACGCGCGAACAGAUUGUUAUGAAUGCUGCAUUAAACACAGUGGACUUUGAGAUUGAGGGUGCUCCAUCGACCACGGCCGAGACCAUUAUAUUCAACAGCAACUGCAUUUGGGAAUGCGAUAUGCCGGGAAUCAAGCGUAUCAAGACGGACAAUCGACCAGUGAAGGUGGUCUUCUACACCUGCCGUCCGGGCACGGAGCGCAAGGCAAUCGGAACGCUCCUACUGCCCAUACGGGGACUACCAAUUGUGAGCCAGGCAAGCACAGGCACGGAGAUGCAGCUGAAAAUGUUCUGGCACAAGUUGAUAUGCAUUAGCAAUGAGUUCCGAUCGCACAAGCCGGAAGUUUUGCUCAUGUUGGCCAUAGUUAAGAAGUCCUUGCUGAAUACCAAGCAGUUUGAGCACCUCAUGCAAUUUAAUAAUCGCAAAACUCCAUCGAAUGAUGCGAUUGCCGGCGCCCAGCUGCGAUCGCCCGGUCAUUCGAUCACUGCCUGCAUGCUGCAGUCCCAGGCAAAUGUCUAUGUGCAGUCAUUGGUGCAAUUGGGACUGCUUCAGGUGGGCAAUGAUCCGAUGAUCGAUUGUGAUAUCAUAGAGGUAGUGUUGCAGAUGAAGGAAUUAAAGAGUGUGAAUAAAUUGAUUAAGUCGCUGCACCAGGCCAAAGAGCCCACAGAUAAAGUGCUUCUUGUAUUCGAUUUCGUUGGCAAUGUGACCAAUAUUGAGCUGAAACUAAACGAGUCUGACUCCUAUCCUUUGAAUGACGUUCUUGGGCUACGCUUCAAGUCCUCGCUUCGCAGCAUAAGACUCUAUUUUCAACGCAUAUUCUAUUUGCCAAUUAAUAUGUACCUUAAUGGCACGGUCAUUGCGAACUAUCGUAUGGACUUCGGAAAGCUACUUCCGGCGGACACAUUUUUUAACGACACUCGCCGAUAUGUGCGCAAUGGAAUUUUUGUAUUUGAUCGCUUGGGUCGAAUGGGCAGUGCGCGGGAUCUUAAACCUAUUAUGGAGUAUACAUUCACGGUGGACAUUAAGACCAUUAAUUCCCGACAAAUGGUCAGCGAACCGUCUACAAAAGUAAAUAAUGAGGUGUUCGAGAGAAGUGAAAGGGGUUGUGUCGUACAUGAGACGACAAAGGAGGAACAAUUUCCCAUAAGCAAUAGCCGAAGCGACCUUAUAAGUGCGAUGCCUAAGGAGCGAGAGCUGCCAUUGAGUAGUCGCAGAAACGGCAUCACUCGAUUGAAGCCCAAGGAGCAAGAAUUGCCAUUGAAUAAACGCAUGAAUGGCGUCGCACGUGAGCUUAGCCAGGAGCAGGAGUUGCCAUCGAGCAAGGACAUGGUUGGCGCUGUAGAUGAAACUUCCAAAGAGCAGCUGGAAGCUAUCAAAAUUAUUGCAUCGUUACAGGAAAAAGAGUUGUUUGCAUACGAAAGCAGCUCUGAGGUUGGAGUCCAACAUAUACCAUUUUCACCAGAUCAGGUUUCUAUAGCAAGUCUAGAUGUGGGCGCAGAACUUUCUGCAUCGGAAUCUGAAAGUCACGCAAACUCUGAAUCCGAUCCUAUACAAAACUUGGAUGCAUCUACUGAUAUCCGCCAAGGGCGAGCAAACAAGAAGAAAUUUACGAGGCUACUUAACAAUGAUGUUGUUUUAAAGACUUUUGAAAGGGAUGAGCUCAGCGAUGAUGGUUUGAGGCAACAGUUCUCAUUGAUGAUAAUAAAAGAGCCAAUGCCAGUCACAAGUGAAGCCAAAGAAUGCCAGCUAUCAGGUUCGUCUACGCGAGAAGAGCCCCAAGUAAUGGAUGAUGAUUCUGAUGUUGAAAUACUGGCCAUGUACAAGUGCAAAAACCGCAACGGACAUAAAUUGAGUGCUAAUACAGUGGAGGCACCAAAUACCAAACCAAACAAUUUUGAAAUUGAUCACGAGAAAUCGGUGCAUAGGGAAGAGCCGGAUGGAAAAGCAAAAGCGCAGACCCCAACAAAAAAGAAAUCGCUCGAUGCGCCUGUCGUUCAAAAUAACAAAUCUUGUGUGUCAAGGCUGUGCAACUUUAAAACUUCAGACUCACCACGACAGAAUGAAAGUGCAAUGAAAAAAUUGGAAGCAAAUCAGUUGGUUGAUGUCACGGGACAAUAUUUGAAGAAACAGCUGACACCAACUGACGAAUCUCAGUUACAAAAGCCGAGUAACCCUAGGCGGCACAGAAAACCCAGCAUAUUUGUGGCAGAGCAGGAUCUAUCAACAAUAGGCGAGAGUACAGAAGAAACCGCUCAACGGAAAAGACACCAUAAAAAGCCGGUUGAGGUCUUUCCUGAUAAAGUCGCGCAUGUCGAAAUCGACGAUAAUAAUGUCGCAAGAGUCCCAGUUCCAACAUCCAAAGAAAAAAAACACAGCAAACAGAUGCUUCUGGAUGGAAAGACAGUUGUCUUAACCAACCGAACCAUUAGGCCCAUAGAAAAGGAAAACGAUGAUCUGCAUGACUUGAAGCAAUCCAGAAGAAUAGCCCCCACACAUGCACAAAACAAUCUUCUGUGUGACAUGGAAGAAGUCGAUAAAGGGGGGCUUCACUUCGAAAUAAAUUCAAUGAGUAACCUAGGUUUGAAAUCGGAAUCAACAGAAAUGGGUAAAUGUAAAAAGCUUAUCAAUGCCCCAGCAUACGCGCAAGAAAAGCUUUUUUGUGACUUGGAAGAGGCCGAUAAGACCGAUAACUUGGAAGAAAUGACUUCAAUGAGUAGUCAGGCUAUAGGCUCCAAAUCUACUGAAGAGCUCUUCUGUGGUCACGAUUUAAAUGACAACUUGAAAACGUUGCCACAAGCAGAGAAGAAAAGCUCGAGGAAAAGUGUGCGCAGAGCCAAUAUAGUUUCCACAACUGAAGCUCUGGAACGUGAACUUGUAGAAUCCCUUUCGGUGCUGCCUAUUCCAGAAAGAAAGUCGACCCAUGUGGUGAAUCUUGCCCAAUCAGUGUUGAAAAACGAAACCUCUGUUCAGAUACGGUCACCACCAAGACGAUGUGAAGAAAGUGACAGCGACACAAUAAUAACGCUGAAUGAUCAUUUCCUGGAUCAUAGUAAUAGUGAGGAAAAGGUCUGUGUCUGGCAGAAACUAAACCGUAAGUCCAAGACUGUAGUUACUAGGGAGAAGAAAAGAAGAUCGGUAACUUCUAGUGGCGUAGAUUUCAGCACAGCCACCGAUUCAGAGGAUGAAUCAUGUUUGAGGGAGAAGCGAAGAAUGGACCAGAAUAAGUUGAAGUAUGCUCUAUCAAGUGAGGCCCAAGAAGUCUUUGGGGGUGACACACCAAAAGUUAAAGCCAAGAAAAAGAAAGCCAAAGUCACUAAAACCGAAGAGGGCCUGAGCGCUCGUUGGGUUAAAGUAAACAAUGAUCAGGCAAAAGCAUUGGAAGAAACAGAAUUGUUUAUAGCAGCAACAUGUCAACCAGUUUCAGAUGGUCAGGAAAUGGUGAAAACAGAGUUCUCUCGUCGACCUAGAAAGAUAAAAAAAGUGUUAAAAUUGAACGACUGUGAAGAAUUUCAGAAAUCUAAAAAUUACAUUGAAUCAAAUUUUGCUAAAUUAAGCUGUGAGGAAAGUUCCUAUAUUGGUGAACCCAGCGCUACUAGCUGUCAUCGCCCAAGAAAGAGCAAAAUAAACUUACAGAUUUCCGAAGAUGCUGACAUGAACUGCAGCAAAGACGCUGAAUCGAGUUUUGUUAAAUCGAGCUAUGAUGAAAGUUCCUUUAUUCACGAAACUAGUGUAACGCAUGAAGUCAAAUCGGAGACAAAAAUGGUCCUUAAGAAGUCAGUUCCUCAGAUACUGGUUGAGGGUAUCGAACUUGUUGAAGAUUCAGAACAUACAACGACGGAAUGUGAAGAGGUCCAGUUGAGAAAAAAAUCUACGAAAGUCAUAAAUUCCGAUGGUUCCAAGAAAUUGGUAAAACGAAAGAUUGUACGUAGAAAAAUGUCCUCUCUAGAAUCGGAAAACACAGACCCUAUAAGCAGAGUUUCCGAGUUAGAGGAAAUCGAUGAAGACAUUCAAUUGAAAAGAGUUCCUAAAAAACAGUCUGUUACCAACAACAAGAAGAGACUGACAAAGAAAAGUAAAAACAAGGAGAAUUGUGUACACAAAGGUGAUGAGAUGCAACAUGUUGAAGAAAAUACUGCACACAUAUUUUCUUCACUUCACUCGAAAGAAAGAGGGGACUUCAACCGUAAAAAUACCACAGAAUGUAGUAUCAAUGUUGAACAGCCCCACACAUCUAUAAUGCAGAAAUACUUGCGGCAAAUCUUCUCAUCGGAAGAGGAAGAUGAGUACGUAAAGGUAGCAGUAACUCCCAAUAAAUUGUUUACGAAGAGACAGAACACUUGUGUCAAAACUGACCCAUGUAAUGAAGAGAUCAAUGUAAAGGCCCCUAAUAAAAAGAAGCUGCGUGCAAGAAAAUCUCUUGAGGCUUCUGUGGCUCAUGCAGAAAGUGCUCCCAUGUCACACGUGGAUGGUAAUGUCCACCAAUACGACGAUACCUGUAAGCAAAGUGUAGGUGAAGCGACACAAUGCUCUGACCAGACCGCCGACACUGACCCAGUCAGUUUCGAUCGUGAUAUGGGCCAGGAACUCGAACAGUGGAAGCAGCGGCAAAUGGAGCUUUUUCAAAACGAGCUCACUCGAAAGGAGCAGCAAUACAUGCGGAAUGUGGAGGAGCAGGAAAGGGAACAGCAUAAAAUAGACUGUGCCAAUCUGGGGGCAAAUAUCCAGCAGGUCGCAGAAAUGGAGAAAACGCUGCUCAACAUUCACAAGGUCCUGUACGAGAAGGUGCAGAAGAGCACCAGCGAGCAACCAGUUGUAGACUAUGACCAUAAGUUGCACGAACUUGAAGAGCACAUAGGCAAGCUUAAGGCCGAAAUGGAGCAGCAGUUGCACCUAUUCGAGAGCCGCAACAGGGAAAUGCGUCAGGAGAACUCACAAUUAGCGAAGGAGAGGACCCAGCUCAAGCACCGCAUCUUGCACAUGGAGCGACAACUGUCGGAGCUGGGCAACCAGGGAUUAGAUGGAAGGGACUUAAAGCAGGUACUCAGUGAUAUGCGCACGCAGAAUGAGCGUUUUCUGGACUUGUCCAAGACGAAGGAUCGCUACAAGAAGCAAUGGCGACGCUGUGCGAAGCGCGUCCACGCCCUUAAACUGGCCAUGUAUGAGAAGAAUGUUCGACAUGAGCGCAAGAAUAUGGAAGCAAACUUCCUAAAUCUGAAGAACAUUUUGACCAAAGACGCAGUCGAGUUCGAGCGCGAAUAUGGGAAGUUCCGGAAGCAAAAUUCAAACCUAACCUUUGCCAUCUCAUCCACCCCCUCAUCUGGCGAUGGCCUUGAGCCAAUGCUUCAGGAAUACCUCCGUGGCCAUCCCUCGUCUUUAGUGUGCCUCAAAUCCAAGUCAAAAACGCUGCCGUACAAAAAGCAGACCUACUCGCAAGUCAUCUAGCAGAUCCUUAUUCAUUCGUUUGUUUGUUCUGCCAAAUUAACUGUGAUAUUUUUGAAUACUUUAUUUAUAGAUUUUCAUUUUACUGUUAACUACAAUUUUAGCCAUUUAACACGCCUCCUUUAACAAAUUUCGCGUUUUAUAUGCAAUAAAUUGAAUAUAUUUAGCCAAA